UGAGAAGAAGGAGGAGAAGAGGAAAAUAAGUUGCUGCUUUAGAAACAGAGAGGGGAGAUAGAGGGAGAUCAACUCUGGUUGUUGUUUUUUUUUUUUUUUCCUUUUUCCGUUGAGCCUCCCCUCCUCUCAGCUGCACAGGCUCCUAAUUUGGGAUUUGUUUAAAAGCGGGACUGCGGCUCUGGAAGACUUUUCCUUGCUGGGGUAAAAGGGAACCCUGAUCCCUCUCUCUCCCUCUCCUUUUCACACACACACACACACACAAAUAUCUUCUUCCCAAAAAUGUCAGAUUCAACUGUCAACGCUCACUUGGAAGGGAUCAUAUCAGACUUCGAAGCGCUGAAACGGUCGUUUGAGGUGGAGGACACGGAUACAACCACACACCCUUCACCGCUGUCCCGCCGCACUACCAACCCCCUCCGUUCCUCCAUGUCCUCCUCAUCCAGCCAACGGAGCUACGACCUAGGUUCACGCAACUCGGACUACUCCUCCUCCUCCUCCAGGUCCACUGCAUCCGAGUCCUCCAAUUUACGUUCCCCAAAGACCGGCAUGAGGCGCAUCGAGUUGUCAGGAGGGAGGAACCCUGAUUCAGCUGCUUCCCGCCGGGCAGAGAUGUCCAUCGAGGUCUCCUCCAAACAGAUCGACAGCUCGCCCAGCGCCGGCAUCACCCGCUUCGGCCUCAAGCGGCCAGAGGUGAGUCUGAGCAGUCGCAGCAAUGCCCUAGAUGGCACCUCAAACUCCAUCUCCAGCAUCACAAACCGGCGAGCAGAGCUCAACAUGACCAGGUCUCAAGAGCCCCCUGCCCCUCCCAGGAGGAUGGACACGCAGCUGUCCUCUACGCCGGUCUCUAGGAUCCCUGAGCCCCCCCAGAGAAGAGCAGAGCCUCCAUCUCCCAACCUGAGUUUAAUUGAAGGCGUCUCCAGGAGACCAGAGAUACCCGUCUUCAGACAAGCAGACGGCUCAGUGUCCAGCAGCACUAUAGAGAACAACAACCACCCACCGCCUGCAUCUACAGCCCCCCUGACAGAGCCACGGGUGGAAAAGGUGCAGUCACCUGUCACAGAGCAGCCAACAACUCGACCAACAGACAGUGAGUAAACCUUCAGCUAA